UUGCAAAAUGCACAUUUAAGCAUAAAAUUCGCAAGCGUGAUACCAUUUUCAUGCAUGUAUAUGAACAAGUUGAGGUUCCUCGCUUCUUCAACCCCAUAAUGAGAGGUCCAGAACCACCUGACCGUAUUUGGCAUGGCGUGGUUGAUACUUAUGAGCGUACUCGAGCUAUUGAUCUCUGUGUGCCUGCUAACUUGGAAUCUUACUACAAGACGCAUAUCAAUCCGUUCGGUACCAGGGAUCUCGAAUUCUAUUCGAGGUGGCCGCGUUUGAUGGUGGCAUUAAGGCGUGCUACUUCGGAGGAAGACAAGCUAUCUAUAAAGCGCCAGAUUGAAGACUGGAAGAUUGCACGCGAUGAGAGACAGAGAGAAAGGGAAUUAGAGGCCGCUGCUCCGAGGCGCCAGACGGUUGAACAAAUUCGUGCUGUUCGUUUUAUUGAGAAACGGAAGGAAACCGGGAAACAGUCGGGGUUGAUUUCGGAGGAAUCAUUGAGGCACCUAACCAAAGGCCUGAUAAAGGAAUUCAGAGACUAUGAAAAAGAGAAAAAGAGGCAUCUAUCGUUAUAGCGGUUUUGUUAAGACAAUGGAAUUAGGAUGGCCAGCUCUAGCCUGUUGGUUGAUAUCACUUAUCAACACUGCUAUUAACCUCUGUUGAUAUAAAUUUGAAGUCAUGACUCUAGUUACAGUUUGCCAUUAAUCCUUAUCCUCUGAAGCUUCUUGGAGAGCUGCUGGAGCUUGUUCAGAAAUCAA